CUAUGACAUAUAACAGCUGAUUCAUGACGUCACGGAUCUUCUAACCAAAGUGAUAACCACACUCGCUUGAACGGAUCGGUAAACACCAAUCCAAAAUGGUAAAUACCAUUUUCAUUUGGUUAUUCACUGAAUUUGAUUUUUGUUUUGUUUUGUGGUGCGUCAAAGGGUCAAAGUGUGCAGAAGCCAAUAGCAGGCUAAGUUUAAAAACAAUAUUUUAAAUUUUCGCUAAUUAACAAGCUUAGCUUACGUUGAAUAUCGUAUUAAAUAAAUAGACCAAACAAACAAUUGUCAGGUCGUUUGAGUCAUUUCCAGUGAAAAAGAAAAUAUGAGAGAAAUUUCUCAAUCCCAGGGAUUGCUUGCAGACAAGUUUGAAUUUUUAGGACAUUUCGAUAUUUCAAGUGAAGAUCCAAGAAACGGCCUAUUCUUCCAAGAGAUAUAUAUACCCGAAGAAAUGUUAUUGAAUAUUCUGAGCUGGGUACCCCCAGAUAUGCUUCUACCUCUAAGUUUGGUUUGUAAAAGGUGGAGUAACAUAAUUAAAUCUACUAGACUUUGGUGGGACAUUCACAAACGGAUUAAAUGCAAGAGAAAAAGUAGAAGACUCCCUUGGUAUGUUUACUACUCUUACCAUACUACAAAUAAUUUCAAGAACCUCAUAAAAAAUGGGAAUGGCCAACAACAUUAUAAGCAUUGGAAGGUAUCUAGGAAAAAUGUCUUUCACCGCACCAGGAAGCUUCAAAUUGAGGAUCCACCCAGAGGUACUGAACCCCUACCAAAGAAUAUUCCUGACUUUGAUGGACAUACCAGUUGUUUUGUAACCAGCUCUGAAAAUACUCGCCUAGUGCAAGAGAUCCCGUUGUUCAAAAAACAUUUACUUUGUUACAUUAUGACAAAGUUUAAGCCACGUAUCUACUGCAGUGCAUGGAUGGCAAGCAGAUUUGACAAUGAGAGUAUCCUUCAACUUAUAGUUAAAGGUUACAGCAAUCCAGAAUACAAUAAUGACACACUUGUCAUUUCUAUGUCAAAGGAGAUAGUUGUACAUCGAUGGGAAGGUGGUGACUGGCACAAAAUAGAAAUUGCUAUAGAUAGUUUCCCAAAAAACUUGGCAGUGAUCACUUUUGAGCAUGGAAAUGGUGACCCACCUGAUACUGGACAGCACUACAGUUCAAGUAGAUAUCGCUGUAAAAUGGCUGGUGGAGUAGUUCAGAUUGACUUUGAUAGCAUUCAAGGUGUCUCAGCAGAUCUAAAGAAGGGCGAAGAUAUGGACUGUUGAAUUCUACCACAUCAGGGUACUUGAUCCCUUUCAUAUCAACUCUAUAAGGAGUACGGAGGGAGGAGAAAUAAAACAUUGAAAUUGAAAGAUUAAUUUUGUAUUAAAGUCUGCCCACUUACUAUGUACAUUAACAGUUUCAUAAUUGGUUCAAUAGAUCCAUAAACUAAACAGGUUCUAUACACAAUACAUAAUAAAUCAACAAUCAUCAGACAUUUCCAUUCUUCUAGGAAAAUAGCCUUUCACUCUAUAUGCUGUAAAUCAUCAAAAAAAAGAUACUGAUAUGCUUACAAACUAAAUUACAAAAAAUAUGUGGGUAUAUCUUUCAAAGUUGUCAUCCACUGAAAUGUCUUUUAACAAUCUACGGUUUCUUGAUUUUUUGAUUAAUAAAUAUUGAUAAAUUACUGUGUUAUGAUUUUAUAUGUUUACAAAAACAGCAAAUUCUCAUGUUAUGAAAUUACAACAAUAUCAAG